UUUCAGAGCCGGAGAAUUCGAGUCGAGGCACGAGUGAGUGUGAAGGUGUAGACACUCCAAAUUAAACAUGCCUAAAUGUCCCAGGUGUGCAAAGGAGGUGUAUUUUGCUGAGAAACUCUCGUACCAGGGAAAAGAUUGGCACAAAUCCUGUUUGAAAUGUGGGAAGUGCAACAAAACCUUGACAGCUGGCUCUUUCUCUGAACACGAUGGGCAGCCUUACUGUACCACACCAUGCUACGGAGCUCUCUUUGGGCCAAAAGGGUUUGGACGUGGUGGGACCGAGAGCCACAAAUUUUCUUAAACACAAGGUUUGCCAUUUGCACUGACUGACCACAAGAGGUUGGAGAGGGAAGAGGGAGCUCAGAAGCUUGUUCGUGUAUUCUCAGCCAGAUUACAAUAGCUCCUGGUAUCUGGGGAUUUGCAUUUGUACACUCAUGUAGAAGCUAACCUACAGGGUUUGAGAAUGUUUGUUUGUACAGAGAAUGAAUAACCUGCCUCAAUGUGUACAUUUCUUUUCUGUAGGGGUUGCCACAGCAUGAGUCUUGGGAUAUUGUUUGGGGCGGGGUUGAAAUGGAGGAAGUGGGAGUUGGAGGAUAAUUCAACUAAUGUCCAAAACAUGGUGGGAUCCUGGCAAUGUCAGUGUAGCCUCAACUCCCCCCAAUUACCAAGAAUUACUUACUUGUCAUCCUGAUUGGCUGAGAUGGUGGAUGGACGAAAACUUGUUUCAAAGUCAGUCUGCAAUCAACUUGUCAUUUCCUUUCAUAUACACAAUAAAGGAAGUUUGUUCUUGGAA